CUUCCCUGCUGACACCCCCUCUUGGGCUGCUGCAAUGCAAAUGUCCAGCCUCGGGUCCUGGGCAACUUUUCCCUCUUUCCAGAGUGAACUUCUAGCCCACUGCUAGAAGAGAGAAAGAGGAAGAGAAGCUGAGAGGGGGCACUUCGGGAGCUCCUUCCCUUUCUUUCAGUCCUCUGCAAAGGCAUUUUGGGGUGCACCUAAGAGCUGCUUUCGCCCCAGAUGCCAAACGAACGAAAGAUGGGGGAAGUCAGAAACUGGGGCGCUCGGAUUCUUUUCAGUCAAGUUCUCCUAAAUUAUUGUGCUGCCUACAACAUUGGACUCCAGGAAGCAAAAAUAUUUGAUGGCCCUUUAAAUGAGCAAUUUGGAUAUGCAGUACAACAAUUUGUAAAUACCAAUGGCAACUGGUUGCUUGUUGGCUCACCAUGGAGUGGUUUUCCGGAUAACAGAAUGGGAGAUAUCUACAAAUGUCCUGUCAAUUUACCCAGUGUCAUGUGUGAAAAAUUGAAUUUACAAACUGUAACGAGCAUUCCAAAUGUUACUGAGAUAAAAACAACUAUGAGCCUUGGCUUGACGCUUAAACGGAACUUAGGAACUGGAGGGUUUCUGACAUGUGGACCGCUGUGGGCCCAGCAGUGUGGAAAUCAGUAUUAUGCGACUGGCAUCUGUUCUGACGUUAGUCCCAGUUUCCAGCUCCUCAACAGUUUUUCACCUGCAGUUCAGACCUGCCCUUCCUUCAUCGAUGUUGUGGUUGUAUGUGAUGAAUCAAACAGCAUUUAUCCCUGGAGUGCAGUAAAGAAUUUUUUGGUCAAAUUUGUACAAGGCUUGGAUAUAGGUCCUGAUAAGACUCAGGUGGGGUUAAUUCAGUAUGGAAAUUAUCCACGUGUUGUGUUCAACAUGAGUACUUUUAAAACAAAAGAAGAAAUGGUCAAAGCAACAUCCCAAACAAUCCAGCAUGGUGGAGAUCUCACUAAUACUUUCAAAGCAAUUCAAUUUGCCAGAGAAUUUGCUUAUUCUGAAGCUUCUGGUGGACGGCCUAGUGCUACCAAAGUUAUGGUGGUCGUGACUGAUGGCGAAUCUCAUGACGGCUCAUUUUUGAAAGAAGUUAUUGGUCAAUGUAAUGAUGACAACAUUCUUAGAUUCGGUAUAGCAGUCCUUGGCUACUUAAAUAGAAAUGCACUUGAUACGAAAAAUUUGAUAAAAGAAAUCAAAGCAAUUGCUAGUACUCCAACAGAAAGAUAUUUUUUUAAUGUUUCUGACGAAGAUGCACUCUUGGAAAAGGCUGGAACAUUAGGAGAGCGUAUUUUCAGCAUUGAAGGUACUGUUCAAGGAGGUGAUAAUUUUCAGAUGGAAAUGUCACAAGUGGGGUUCAGUGCAGAUUACUCUCCUGAAAAUGGUGCUCUGACACUGGGUGCAGUUGGGGCAUAUGCCUGGAGUGGAACAGUCGUCCAGCAGACACCCCAUGGAUAUUCCAUCUUCCCUAGACAAGCCUUUGAAAAAGUUCUGCAAGAUAGAAAUCACAGCUCCUAUUUAGGAUAUUCUGUUGCAGUUAUUUCUACUGGUAAAAGUGUCCAUUUUGUUGCUGGUGCUCCCCGAGCAAAUUAUACUGGCCAAGUAGUGGUGUAUAGUAUUGAUGAUGAUGGAAACGCCACCAUCAUUCAGUCUCCCAGAGGUGAUCAGAUUGGCUCCUACUUUGGCAGCGUGGUGUGUUCAGUUGACGUCAAUAGAGAUGCAAUUACAGAUGUGCUUUUGGUGGGGGCACCAAUGUUCAUGAAUGACCUAAAGAAAGAGGAAGGGAAGGUCUACCUCUUCACAAUCACAAAGGGAAUUUUGAGUCAGCACCGACUCCUUGAAGGUCCUCUAGGUUUGGAAAAUGCCCGGUUUGGCUCUGCAAUUGCUGCUCUAUCAGACAUUAAUUUGGAUGGCUUUAAUGAUGUUAUUGUGGGCUCACCCCUAGAAAAUGAGAAUGCUGGCGCUGUUUACAUUUACAAUGGACAUGAACGGACUAUACGAACAAAAUAUUCUCAGAAAAUCUUUGGGUCGGAUCCUGCUUUUAGGAAUCAGCUCCAGUAUUUUGGAAGAGCAUUAGAUGGCUAUGUGGACCUGAAUGGAGAUUCCAUCACUGACAUAUCCAUUGGUGCCUUUGGACAAGUGGUUCAACUCUGGUCACAAAGUAUUGCUGAUGUCUCCGCAGAAGCUUCAUUUACCCCUGAGAAGAUUAAUUUGGUAAACAAGAAUGCUGAAAUAACCUUCAAAUUAUGUUUCAGUGCAAAAUUCAGACCUACUACACAAAACAAUCAAGUGGAUAUUACCUACAAUAUAACACUUGAUGCUGAUCGAUUUUCUUCUAGAAUAACCUCUAGGGGAUUGUUUAAAGAAAACAAUGAAAGAUUCAUUAAGAAAAACACAGUGGUUUAUCAUGCAGUGACUUGUUCAGAGCAUAUCUUUAAUAUACAGGAACCUUCUGAUGUUGUCAACUCCUUAAAUGUUCGAGUGGAUAUCAGUUUGGCAAAGCCUGGCACAAGUCCUGCUCUGGAAGAGUAUUCUGAGACUUCAAAGGACUUCAGUAUACCUUUCUUGAAAGACUGUGGGGACGAUGGAGUCUGCAUCUCUGAUCUCGUCCUUGACGUUCAACAGAUAGAUACUCAAAAACAGCCAUAUAUUGUCAGCAACCAAAACAGAAGGUUAACAUUUGCUGUGAUGCUGAAAAACAAAGGGGAAAGUGCUUAUAACACCAGAAUUGUGGCUGCUUUUUCAGAAAACUUGUUUUUUGCUUCAUCUGCUGCAUCGGUUGAUGGGACUGAAGUUUCAUGUCAGGUGGAUACUUCCAAGAAGCAACUCACCUGUCAUAUUGGCUAUCCUUCGGUCAAGAGUGGCCAGCAGGUAACUUUUUAUGUAAACUUUGACUUCAAUUUCCAAAAUCUUCAGAAUUUGGCACUUGUCAAUUUUCAAGCUUCCAGUGAGAGCCAAGAAGAGAAUGAGUCAGACAAUGCAGUCAACUUUAAAAUCCGCUUACUGUAUGAUGCCGAAGUCCAUUUGACAAGGUCUACCAAUAUCAAUUUUUAUGAAGUCCUUUCUCAUGGCAAUGUUUCCUCCACCGUGAAGACUUUUGAUGAAAUUGGCCCCAUUUUCACUUUUUCACUUAAGGUCACAACGGGAAACAUUCCAGUACCCAUGGCUUCUAUAACUAUCUCCAUUCCUCAGUACACCAAAGAAAAUAAUGCAUUGAUGUACCUGACAGGAGUGCACACAGCCCAGGACAGUGAUAUAAGUUGUACUGCAGAAAUAAAUCCACUAAAAAUAGGAGAAACACCUUACUCAGUGUCAUUUAAGAAAGAAAACUUCCGAGAUAUUAAAGAAUUGAAUUGCCAAACUGCAUCAUGUAGCAAAGUCACCUGCCAGCUAAGAGAACUCACAACGAAAGAAGAAUACUUUGUGAAUGUGUCUACCAGAAUUUGGAAUGGAACUUUUGCAGUGUCACCUUUCCAGACAAUUCAGCUUGUAGCAACUGCAGAAGUAGAUACAUUUGACCCCCAAAUAUACAUAAUUAAAGAAAACACUGUGAUGAUUCCACUUACAAUAAUGAAGCCUGAUGAAAAACCUGAAAUUCCAAUAGGAGUUAUCAUUGGAAGUGCAAUUGCUGGACUUCUCUUGCUAUUAGCCCUAACUACCAUUUUGUGGAAGCUCGGUUUCUUCAAAAGGAAAUAUGAGAAAAUGGGCAAAAAUCUAGAUGAGAUCGAUGAGACUACAGAACUAAACAGCUGAAUUGCCAUCGUUUUCCAGCACAGUUGGAGCAGGAAGUCCUUUGAAUGACUUUUAUCAUUUUAUGAGUGAAAUAACUUUACCAACUUUAUUUUAAGUGAAGCUGCUGGCCAGUUUGGGGAUAAAAAAGCUCCUUUUGUUGGAGGAAAGACUUGCCAUUUUGAAAGUCAGGGGUUUUUUACACACGGGAAAAAAAAGACAGGCUUCAAACUGGCUGGGCCAGAGUUUAUAUUGACCGAAAACAUUGUGCCAGAAAUUCUGGGUUUCCUAUUCCGUGAGUGUUAAAGCAAAAUGCAGAGCUAUUUUUUUUUAAUUCUUACCUUCUAAGGUAGAAGAGUGGUUAAGGGCUGGGCAAUUGUGAGAUAAAGUGACUUGCCCAGAGUCACGUAGCAAGGAAGGGUUUGAGGCCAGAUUCAGCCCUAUUUUCAGAAGUUUACUGAAAAAAAACUAAAAGUGUCCCGAAGUUAACAGCUUGCCUUCUUUGCAGAGAGGGAGGUAGAAGAGCUUUGAACACUCAGGACAGCUAUUCAGUAUCUCUUUAAUUUGAAUAGAUGUCCAAAUGAGAUGGGACGUUACAGCUGAUGGCCAAAGGUGAUGUGAGUGACAAGCUAAGGAACUGUGAAGGAGAAGUUUAACUCGGUGUCAUGGGUAGAGUGGAAAGUGCAAUGGCUUUGGAGUCAGAACUGGAUUCAGAUCCUACCUGUGUACUACCUAGUAAACUUUGGCUCAAUCAUUAACCUCCCUGGAACUCCACUUUCUAAGCUGGCAAAUAGUCUAGAGGAUCCAAUUCUGGGUCUAUGAUACUAUGGUCUUUCCUAUCAGAGCUCCUUUCCUCUAUCUCGGUGAUCCCUUUCUCCAGUUUGAGCUUCAAACAUGGUUGCUUUGAGGGGACUAUUUAGUUAUCACAGUUAAGAAAUUAGGCUACUAGGGACAGUAGAGAGGCAGGCAUAAAGAAGGGAAGAUCCUGGGUUCAAACCUGACCUCAGACACUUCCCAGCUGGGUGACCCUGGGCAAGUCACUUAGCCCCCGUUGCCUAGCCCUGACCACUCUUCUACCUUGGAACCAAUACUUAAGGAAUCCAGGAUGGAAGCUAAGAGUUAUUUUUUUAAAAAGAGAGAAGAAGAAAGGAAUUAGGCUGCCAAGAAGUUCUUCCUGCUUUGCCCAUAGCCUAGUCUCAGUCUCCCUUUAUGAACUAAGAUUUUCUAAAAGCGCUAAGCUUGCUGUAUUUUUUUUAAUCUUGCUGUGCCCCUACCCCUGUGAUGAUUGCCAUGGCAGCAGCCACCGGGGCUGGAGUAGAGGUGGUAAGGGUAUCUUUGGCUUUGCACGUGUGAAGUGUUUGUCUGAAGCCUUUUCUGUUCGGAGGGAGCUCAUCUAUAAAAUCAAGGGGUUGGGCUAAAUGUUUUCUGAGCUCAUUCUCAGCAUAGAAAGCAAAGCAACAGCCAAGCUAAAAACGGGUGCUUGGCUGUGAAAUGUAGUUUAAACAAAUUCAGGCACUUCCUCAUCUCAGUGCCCUGCCCUUCUUAGAAUAAGCCCAGGCGAGGAGCCAGCUGGACAAUGAUGGAUCACUGAAUUUGAUCACUGCGAACAGAUAAUCAAGUUUUCCUACAUUGUUGUUUAUCUUGUGUUCUGCCAAAAUAACUCAAAAAUCCACCCUAUUUCAAGCUCGUAUCACAAACAGCGGGCGAUUAAUAGAAUAACAAAUGUAUAUGCCAGAGGUUCAUCCUUCCUGCAGCGAAUCAAAAAAUUCCAGCAGAAACUGCGUAACUAUAUCAUAAAAGCAGCUCAGUUUUAUGUAGCACUUUAAAAUUUACAAGCUGCUUUACUCAAAACUGGCCCUAUGAGGCAGGUAGUUUGGGUCUGAUUGUUGUUGUACAGAUGGGGAAAAUUAAGGCUCAGAAUGGCUAUGUCAACUAGACCAAGCAUCUGAGCCAUGCCUAACGCCUUGGCUUAUGGUUCCUGCCAUAUAUAUCUUGCUGCUUCUUGGAAGAAACUAGCAUUAACGGGGCAAGGUAUUUUUAACUUAGACACGCAAGCUACUGUAUUUGCCAAUCCUUCUAACAUUCAGAUAAACUGUUCAAUUAUGCCUGCUAACUUUUCAAAAGGGCCCCCACGGAGCAUACACCUAACCUGCCAGUAAGUGUGUAUGAAGCCACGUCAGAUUUAGCCCAUUUGGGGACAGGGUCAUCUCUUGCCUGUUUUUCUGUGGAGUAGUUUGGGUUACUACUAGUUUACUACAGGUUGUAAAACCAAACCAAACCAAAGCAGAAAACCACUAGUGCUAUUUGUCAUGGAGAGAACAAAUCUUAGUGUUAUAAUGCAGAAGUUAGAAUUAGAGCUAUAUCUCAUCCACUUUUAAGCUUGAGUAGCACUAGACCUGGGCCUUUAUAACUGUAUAUCUAGGGAGGGAAAGUAUCCAUUUUAUAAAUGGAAUAGGAACUCCAGAGAAUGGAACUUAUCAAAAAAAAAAAAAACAGAAACUGUGGUGGCCUCACUACAGCCUAACUGUGGCUCUUGUAAAGAUUAUCUAACCCUCAUGGGCUAGGCCCCACAUUAUUGCUUUCCUCGAUAAAGAACUGGAAAUUCAAUUCAGAUCUUUGUCUUCACCUCUUAGCUGUAAAGUGAGGGGAAAGAUUCUAUGAUUCUCAAAUCCUUUAACUGGCCAGAGAAAAUUUUGCUAGCCAGUCUUUAUUUUUAUAACCUGAUGCUUUCAAGAACAAAGAAACUUUUUGUAAUAAAAAGUUUUGCAUCUUAAAACUACUGUUUAAGAAACUUAACCUUCAACAAUGUGUUAAGGCAAAAGCAGUUUCUUACGCAAAGUGGUUUUCCUAACACUGCUGUUAUCAAACAAAAAUCUACUUUCAUAAUGGGUGUACUGGACCAUAAAGUAUGAAAACCCAACAUUAAUAGAUCAGGAGGUGGUUAUUCACUUGAUAUAAUGACUCAUCCCUGGAAUCCUUUACACUAAGUGCUCCUGGUACAUUUAAAAUGAUUUCAUUUGUACACAACUUAUUCAGGAAAACAAAUCUGAACUAAGUUUUCCCUUGUCUGAAUAAUCUGGGGGCCACUCUGCAACGUUUUGAAACACUAAGUUAACAAGUUGGAUGUUUAACAUUAAAAUGACAUAGUUAGAAGGUAAACACUGGGGCAAAAUGAAAACAAAUGACUAUUUAAAGUUUGAAGAAUUUAAAGGUCUAAUAUAUGGUAUUGAAAAUAAUAAAUUAUAGUUUGAAAUAGAUUUCUACUACCUUCAUGGAGAUAGGGUAAGAUUAUACUGAUGAAUUGGUAUUGUACAUAUGUAUUUUUUCAAUGUAAUAUUUAGCACUACUAGACACCUCCUUUGCUUAAAUCUUUGGGAUAUAGUUCGCUAGAUGUUUGGUUUCAGAAAUUUGUACUGGCUGUUUUCCAUUUAUUACAUCAGAAUUUUCCUCCCACUUCCCACGUGCAGACUUUCUGCAGGCACACUUUGUCAUUGCAAAAACAGGAAAGCACAAUAUAAAAAAAUGAAUGUAAGUACAAUGUUUGUAAAUAAAAUCGCACCAUGUUCUGUUUCUGAGAAGCUGAAAUCACAUUGGAUUUCAACAUAAAUUAGUCAAGAACUUUAGUUGUUUUGUAUUGAUGUACAUUUUAUGAAAAUUAGAAUUAAUUCACCUAUAAAUCACUGAAGCCUCAGUACCAGAUUAUAUUGUAUAUAUGUAAUUAAAAUGUGUUUUUAUAAUAUGAAGCCAAAUGUUUUUAAUGUUUUAAUAUAGCUUGAAUAUACAAUGCUCUAACAUUUGUGAAGAUCUUGUACAUAGGAACAAAAUUCCAUCAGGGGACAAUUGUGACAAGUGUUUAGGUCCAGCGCCAUCCGAAAUGACACUAGGAGUACUUAUUGCCCCUAAUAUUUUUCUAAUCCCCUGAAAAUCAGUUGUUUUCCAUGAAAGACAGUUCACUCGAGUUUAGGGAAAUAUUAGUGGCAUAGUGGGUAGAGUGCUCAGCCUGGAAUCAGGGAAAUGCUAGUUUAAAUCCAACCAUCAUCAUGUAUUUACUAGCUGUGUGACGUUGGGCAAGUCACUUAGCCUGUUUGCCUCAGUUUCCUCAUAUGCAAAAGGAGGAUAAUAAUACUACUUAUCUCCCAGGCUUGUUGUAAGGAUCACAUCAUAACUGUAAGCCAGCACCAGUGGUGUGAGGGCCAGGGAGCCCUUUUCCAAGCUGCUUUCCUCUUUUGGGGUCACGAAACUGUAGCAUGAACAGCAGGCACACCCCAGAAAAAUCAUCUCAGCAGACAGGCCAAACCAGGCUGAAGGUAAACAACAGGCCUCAGACCUGUUGGUGAGUAAGGAGGGCUUCUACCCCAAGCAUGGGAAGAUUUCCCCGUAGUGGAAUGGGUACAUGAGAACAGUUUGUCCCAUGAAGGCUGCAGAAGCAGGCGUUGUGCAGUGCCUAGAGCUUGGUCAGACAGCAGAGAUGCCAAGGCCGUCCUCUGCAUCCCAGUCCAUCACCAGCCAUCUUGAUUUUGUCUUGCUACUCUACUUGAAUAAAUGGAAUAGAAAGCAAAUUCAACUACUGUGUGCAACUUCGCCUCACUUAAGUCUAAUUUAUGCUCAAGAGGCAUCUCCAGUGAUGUCGUUUUGGUCCUCUGGUUAUGAAGGACAACAAUCAACCAACCAACUAUAACAAGCACUUGGCACAUGUUGUUGGUCAAUCAGUUCAGGCACAUCCAAUUCUGAAUGACCCCAUUCGGCGUUUUCUUGGAAAAUGCUUUGCCAUUUCCAUCUCCAGUUUAUUUUUAGGGAUGAGGAAACGAAGACAAACAGGGUUACGUGACUUGUCCAGAGUCACACAGCUGGGAAGUAUCUGAGGUUGUAUUUGAACUCAGGAAGAGGAGUCUCCCUGAUGCACGGCACUUAGCACUAGUUAGUAAACAUUCGCUAUUAUUAUCAUAUUACCAUUAGUCCUAGAAGAGGCAUGAUAGUCUUGGCCUAGUAACUCCAUUAACAUCAGUGAUGCCAUGGAUUGAGGAAUGGCUAGAAACAAAUGGUGGCACAUAAUAUAACAGGAUAUUAUGUUAGAAGAAAUGACAAAUAAUGGGAAAAAUUGACUGCC